UCUGAUUUAGCUCAGUGCGUGCCUGGUUGAUGCCUGAGGCCCGGGGGUGACUGUCGGUUGUGCCAGGCAGGGGCAGUCAGUGCCUGCUGGGGCCCCAAGCACUGGGCCAGGCUGACCCCAUGGGUGAGGGGGACCCACCUGCCAGAGGGAUGAAUCCCACCACUCCCAGUCCUCCCAAGAUGCUCUCCGGCCCCUGUGGGCUGGCAUUGGGCAGGGCCCCACAGUGAAGCCUUGGCUGUGCCCUACAGCGGGGACGUUAGAGGGGUUCCUGGCUGACCCGAUGGCAGCACAACCGCUUGGGAACCACGCAUGUCCGAUAACCAGUUGUUGCAGCACUGCCUCACUUGGGCAUCGCCACGGGGCCAGCGAGACCUUUCCUGGAAACAGUCAGCAGAAAGGGAGUUUCUGGGUCUGUUGCUGACACCAUUCAUGCUGCUGGUACUUAAGAGGAAGGUGUUUUGUGUAAAACAGAUGGAUUUUUGCUGCUCCCAUGCAUGUAACGGGAAGAACAGGCUGGUCUGGCAGACAUAGCAGAGUGGGAAGGGGAUGCUGAGCUGGAUUUGAGUGUGGGCUUGUUGCCUUGGGGUCUUGGAGAGGUUUUUCCCACUCUUGUCCUUUGCAGUGUGAAUUUUGGCAGGGGAAAGGAGCAGAGUAAGGGUGGGAAAUCUUCAGGGAGAGGCACCGUAGCUCAGCAUUGCCAUGAAGAGUUCAGUAUCAAAGAGGAACAAAGCAGUUCUGUUCCUUCAGCAAAAUUUUAUCGGUGAGGAUAGCUGGUUGCUGGGAGGACUGAAGGGAGGGAGUUCUGGGGUCUCUGCAGCUCAGCAGCAGCAGCAGCCACAUGAUCUCAUCUGAAAGACCUGAUGUAGCAGCAAUGAAAGGGAAUGCAGAAGGGUCCCAUGGUCUGUGAUUUCAGAGAUCAGCAGAACUGGUGACACUGGACUCCUCUGGUUUUUACCAUGGGGCAACCUAUGCCCUCGUUGGCAUCGUUUGGCCAGGCAGCCUUGAUGUCACAGGGGCGAGCACAGCACAGGGGUGCUAUGGGUGUACAGGCGGGAGUUCCCUGGGAGCUUUAGCCUCAUCUAGGGCACUUUGUGUGAGAUGACUGAGCGUGGCGAUGCAGCACGAUCGAGGUGGAAAUAGUGGUGAAAUCUCUUCAGCUAUCUGUACAGAGAUCCCUUUCACCUUGCAGUGACUUAAGCUCCAAAGGGAACAGCCGACAGCUGCCAGGCAGCUGGGACACAGCUGGUUCUGAGCUGUGUCCUGUGUUGUGUGAAGCGUAGCGGUGCUUGUGGGGCCAGCUCUGCUGGUGCAACUUCCUAUAGCUGCGCACAUGGGAUAAUUCUCCCUUGCAGCAGCUCCAGAAGCAGCAGGUGGAGGGAGUCUGGCUCUUUGCACUACCAGAGCUGCUGUGAGAAAUUUCUGUGUUGGCCACAGGUCGAAUUUUGAAUAUUUUACCCUUCAGGAACCUCAUAUCGCCAUUUUGGCUUUGCAAGACCCCCAGGUCCUGGGAAGUGGUGCUUUGGGAGGUGCGCUGCCCUUCCUCAGGCUGCCCUGCCUAUCUCUGUUGGGGUCUGAGUCCCCUCUGCAAGCGCAGCUCGGGAAGCCGCUUGGUGUGCUCUGCGCGCCAGGAACAGCGGCGAGCGAGGACUCAGCGUCCAGAAGGCAGAGGCAAGCCCUUGGACCUACCCCACGAGCCUUGCGUUCAGCCAAGAUGGGAACCGUCUGUCGGGACGUUGCGUUCCCCAUGUCCAGCCAAGCGCUGAACUUGGCUGAGACAUCUGGGCUGAGUGCGUUUGUGCUGCCGGAGAGGGCCGAGGACUGUCUUGUCUUCCUGCUCUGCAAAAUACCUCGGGGCCCCAGUGCUUCUGAAGGUGGGAGGUGGAUGGUUCUCCCUGUCUGGAGAUUUGUGCUCCAACCUGACUCUCCUCCUUGCUCCCCUGAGCAGACAAGGACCCCCCAGCUCAGAAGAAGGUUUCUAGCUUGACAAUAAACUUUGGGCCACAGCACCCGGCUGCCCAUGGAGUCCUGCGGCUCGUCAUGGAGCUGAGUGGAGAGACCGUGAAGAGGUGUGACCCACAUAUUGGCCUGCUGCACCGAGGCACUGAGAAGCUCAUUGAGUACAAGACUUAUCUCCAGGCAUUGCCCUAUUUUGACCGCCUUGACUAUGUGUCCAUGAUGUGCAACGAGCAAGCCUACUCCCUGGCUGUGGAGAAGCUGCUCAACAUCCGUCCGCCUUUGAGGGCUCAGUGGAUCCGAGUCCUCUUUGCAGAGAUAACUCGGCUCCUGAAUCACAUUAUGGCUGUCACCACGCAUGCACUGGACAUCGGGGCCAUGACCCCCUUCUUCUGGAUGUUUGAGGAGAGAGAGAAGAUGUUUGAGUUCUACGAGAGGGUCUCCGGGGCUCGUAUGCAUGCUGCCUAUAUCCGACCUGGUGGGGUGCACCAGGACCUGCCCCUGGGGCUGAUGGACGAUAUCUAUGAGUUUGUGAAGAAUUUCUCCACGCGGAUAGAUGAGGUGGAAGAGAUGCUCACUAACAACCGCAUCUGGAAGAACCGCACAGUUGACAUUGGGGUCAUAACAGCGGAGGAGGCUCUCAACUACGGGUUCAGUGGGGUGAUGCUACGGGGUUCAGGGAUCCACUGGGAUCUGCGCAAAACCCAGCCCUACGAUGUAUACGACCAGGUGGAGUUUGAUGUCCCCAUCGGCUCUCGGGGUGACUGCUAUGACAGGUACCUGUGUCGCGUAGAGGAGAUGCGCCAGUCUCUCCGCAUCAUCCUUCAGUGCCUCAACAAAAUGCCUGAGGGGGAAAUCAAAGUGGAUGAUGCCAAAAUCUCCCCUCCGAAGAGGGCAGAGAUGAAGACCUCCAUGGAGUCCCUGAUACAUCACUUCAAGCUCUACACGGAGGGCUACCAGGUGCCCCCUGGAGCGACCUACACAGCCAUUGAGGCCCCCAAGGGUGAAUUCGGCAUCUACCUUGUCUCGGAUGGCAGCAGCCGCCCCUACCGCUGCAAGAUCAAGGCACCUGGAUUUGCUCACCUGGCUGGACUGGAUAGGAUGUCACAGGGCCACAUGCUGGCAGACGUCGUGGCCAUCAUUGGCACACAGGACAUUGUCUUCGGAGAAGUGGACCGGUGAGGUGAUGGCCCUGUGCUGGCCCCACUGCGCCUGUCCCGUGCUGCGUGUGCUGCCCUGUGUACAGGGAGGGGUGCCCCGGGCUCUCCCUCCUCUGCCUCGUGCUCUGCAUUCUUCCUCUGAAGUCAAAUAAAGACAAAACUGUG